UUUUAUGAUUAUUGUUUUGGGGGUGCUUUCACCACCCCUGUUGAAUUAAUAUCGCAACCAACGUUAUCGAUGCGGCAUGAAAUAAGAAUGUAAUGUUACCAACGGUAGGAGUUAAAAUGAAAUCAUUGACAUCACAGACUUAAAAUAGUCUGUGCUUAAGAUAUCUAUCUUAAAUCUGUGGUGCUGACUUUUCAUGUUGAACAUGUUUUCAGUAGAUGGCGCGUUUAGGACGGAAAAAUAAGACAAUAAUGAAAAUAAUGGAUACGGAGAAUAUGAACGCCAGCUGAGCAACAACUUCGUGAUACACGCAUUAAAGUUUCGUUUGUGAAAGGCUGCUCUAUAUAUGUGUACUCAGUGCUGUAAUAUGUCGUCAUGUUUGAUUUCAAAAGAAGCGCGCUGUGUAUAUAACAGAAACGUUAUAGUACAAACGCGUACCUCGUCUGUGGUGUAGUAAAAAUUCGAAUUUACUCAUUUUGUAUUAAUUUUAUUUUCAUUUUGUAUAAAAUAAAAGUACUAUAAACAUUUUAAGAAAUAAUUCAUAAAGCAGGUCUUUAUUAAGUAAUUAUUGCGUUAUAGAAGUAAAAAUGAAUUAUAAAGUACCGAUUCGAACUUAUGGACGGAAUAAAUGUAAAGAAGUUACAAUUUCAUUACAAAAAUUAAAUAUUUCUACAAUAAAUAAGUUAACUUCUACUUCUUUUAAAAAAGAAUCGGUUACUGUAGACAAGAAAAGCGACAGUAACGAUUCCCUGUUUCAUGAUCCAUUUGAAACAACAUUUGACAGACUUCUUAAAGAUACAAAAUCUUCAAAACAAUCAUCCAAAACAAAUAUUGUUAAUGCUUUAAAAAGUAAUGAACAAAAAGAUUCUGAUUUAAAGAUCAGUGUAUCUGAGGCACGUGAUGAUAAAUAUUUAUUAUAUGAUGAUAUCAAGGUACCUAAUGUUAGCUUAAAGCGUGUUUUAAGAAGAAAGAGAAAUGAAAAGACUAUAAUGGAAGUACAGAGGAAAAUUAUACGAAAAAAUACAUUGGUGAAAAACAAUAAUGUUUAUAAGAAAAAAUUACGUAAGGCAAAAACAAAAAAGAAAUUAAUGCUCAGUAAUUCAAAUAUCAGUUCUUCACAAUUGAUCUCAGAAUUUAAAGAUUACUAUAUUAAUGAUAGAAAAAUAUCAGAAGAAAAUUAUGGUAAAAAUCAUGAAACUGUAAAUUCCGUUGAAAGUUUGAAAAUGAAGUCAGGUGUUUUAAUUUUGGAUGGAAGCAAUAUAUCAGCAGGAGAGAAUAAAAUGAAUAGAAUAAAAAAGAAAUCGAAGAAACAACAAGGACAUAUGUUGGAAAACCAUGAAUUAAUAAAGUAUGCUGAAAUGACUAAGGAAAAUUUUAAUUUAAAAUAUGAUAAUAUAUGUAUGAAACAUUGUUUUGUCAAAAUAAAAAAAUUAGAAAGAUCUUUUAUGAAACCAUCGCAUCCCAUUAAAAAGUUUGAAAAUAUAAUGAGUAGUACACCUAUUGGUAGACCAAUAAGACCUACUAAAGUACUUAAUUUGUCACCAAUUUCUAUUACAUAUUCUGAAAAAUUGAAUGAAUCUAUGACAUGUACAGAUAAAUCACCUGGUGCAAGUAAUUCAAAUUUAGUUCCUGUAGAAAAUCUGCAUAUAAAUAUAGAUGUGUCUGAAAAAUUUGAUACAUCGAAAAAACAUGUAUUAAACAAAAGUGAUAAAAUGUUAUUUGUUUGUGAAACAGAUACAUCCAAUUAUAUUAAUAAUAGUAAUAAGAAACAACGAAAAUGCGCGAUGCAAGAAACAUUUAACAAAUUUUGUGAAAUAGCAGAAAAUGUUUCAGGAACUGAAAUGAAUGAACACAAUCCAUUAUAUGUGUCCUCUAUGAAAAAGGAAUAUAUACCAUCAAAUAAAGUACAAAAAAGACAUUUGAAUUUUUCUCUUGAUGAAGAUAGAUCACAGUCUUUAUUUGAUGACACUAAUGAGAAUAAAAUUUCAUUACAUAAUAAAGUAAAAGAAAAUGCAUAUGAUUCAGUAAUUGUAGUUAAAUCGAAAAGCACAAAUAUUUCGAUUGAUGGUAUAGAAUGUAAAUCAGAGACUGAAGAAUUAGAUUUAAAAAAAAAUAAUGUAAAUAUGACCAAGGAAGCUAAAACUCCAGGUAGUAUAAAUAAGAGAUUAAGUGCAAAUAAAGUUAUUGCAAUUAAUGACAAAAGCAACAAUGCGAUUGAACCAUGUAUAAUUUUGACACAACUACAAGAUCCAUUUAGAAUUACAAAAAAAAGAAAACAAUAUCGUAAAUGGGAGCUUGACUUAACUAAUAUUACAGAAGAUUGUGAUAACAGUUUCCAGUUAAAGAAAACUAGAAUGUCAAUAAAAGAAGUACAAAAUAGUAAAAGAACAAAUUUAUCUAGGAGAACAUUACGAUCAAUAGAAAACAUACCAGAAACACGUGUUAGUAAUGUAUCAACAAAAAUAGAGAAACCUAUAUAUUUAAAGGCAGGUAAAUCAUGGGCAAGAUCAUUAUCUAUUUUAAAUAGUAUUCAAAAUGAAUCCAAUUUGGAUAAGUUAUCUAUUGGGAAAGGUAAACAAUGGAGAAAUAGUGUUGUGGACAUUUUGAAUAUGCAAAAGCAAGGUAUUUUUCAAAGUUGUAUAAGAAAAACUGAAAGUGACAAAGAUCUACAAGCAAGUAUUGAAACAGUCACCACAUCUGAACAUGAAUUGGAUAACAAGAAAGGCAGAACUUGUGACUCUACCAGUCUAGGACGCCCAAGCAAAAGAAUAUCAGUUCGUGUAGUCCCAAUUAAUAAAACUCUAAAAUCAAUAGAAGACGCUCAAUUUCUUGAAGUUUAUGGAAUCGUUCCUGUAAAGAGUCAAAGAUUCACCUUAAUAAAUAGUCCACAAAAAUCUUGUGUAUUUAAUGUUCAAGAUGAUGACAUUGAUGGUCACAUUAACAAUGAACAUGUAAUUUUGGCAGCAAAAGAAGUUAUUCUUGAAAAAUGUUCACAGCAAGAUUAUAUACCAUUUUCUACGUAUUUUUCAGAUUCGUAUUUAAAUCACUGUCGAAAAAUUGGAGAAGGCGUGUAUGGAGAAGUUUUUCUUUAUGAACAUAAUGAUAAAAAAUCUGUUAUAAAAAUUAUUCCUAUAGAAGGCAAUGAAUAUGUUAAUGGAGAGCCUCAAAAGAAGUUUCAUGAAAUAUUAUCAGAAAUUGUUAUAGCAAUGGAAUUACACAAUUUGAGAUUUAACCCAAAAUAUAAUACAGAUGGGUUUGUAGAAGUAGAAAAUAUUAAAUGUCUUAAAGGAAAAUACCCAAAGAAGCUUGUUGAUCUAUGGACUAUUUAUGAUGAGGAGAAACACUCUGAAAAUGAUUGUCCAUCUAUGUUUAAUGAGAACCAGUUAUACAUUAUUCUAGAACUUGGUCAUGGUGGUCAAGAUUUAGAGGCAUUUGUAUUUCCUACAGCAGAUGAAGCUUAUGCUCUAUUUGUACAGGCAGCAUUAGCAUUAGCAGUCGCAGAAAAAGCUGUUGAAUUUGAACACAGAGACUUGCAUUGGGGUAACAUAUUAAUAUCUCCAACAACUGAAUCUCAUAUACAUUAUAAACUAGGAAAGAAACGAAUUCAAUUAAUUAGUAAAGGUGUAAAGGUGUCUAUAAUAGACUUUACACUUUCAAGAGUAACAUAUCAAGGAUGCAGCGUAUUUAAUGAUCUUGCAUCUGAUCCUAGUCUUUUUACGGCUCAGGGCGAAUAUCAAUUUGAAAUUUAUCGUUUGAUGAAAGACAAGAUCAAAAAUAAUUGGCAAACAUUUGAACCGUACACAAAUAUUUUAUGGCUACAUUAUACUUUAGAUAAAAUGAUUACAGCAGUUAGGUACAGAAGAAAAACCUUAAAAGCACAUAAAAAUGGUAUAAUAAAGUUGAAAGAAUUGAAAAACGAAAUCUUGUCAUACACAAGUGCUUUCGAUUUUAUAACAAAUUGUAAUAGAAUUAACAAUUUGCUAUGCACUGACUCAGAAUCUCAUCUUGCAUCAAUUUUAAAGGAGGAAAUGAUUAUUGCAUGAUAUAAAUAUUUAAUGAACAUUGUUAUAAUACAAAUUUAAUAUUGAAUCAUUUUAUUGUCACAUUAUCCGAUAUAAAUAUGAUCUAUUGCAAUAUUUUUAAACAUGUUAUUAACAUUAUAUGAAUAACUAAUUUUAUGGUAAAA